GUUUUUAAAGUUAAUGUAAUAAUGACGCAAGUGUUGCUGGCCACGCCUCCCGUCUACUCUCUUCGCCUAUAGGAGCCGCUAAGGUGUCGUUAACACUUCCGCGCUGUGUGAUUGGCUGCUGAGAGUCACGCCUCCUGCUCAGCUGUGCAUCCUGGAAGCUGCGCGCUCUUGUUGGAUCAUACAGAUGAGCAAGUGACUGCCCAGGAAGGCCCCAUGCAGGAGGGACCCACAGGAGCCACCCACCCAACAGACACUCUACUGGGUCACCUUAGUGACAUUUCUCCCCAACAAACAUCCAUGGCAACUCUGAGCACUGACCUCCAGCCAAUCAGUGUGGGAAUUCCUGCUGGUGGGGACUUAGAGCCAAGUACUUUGGAGCCCGCUGUUAGAGAGGAGCUGGAGCAAAGCACCCUGGGACCUGCUAGUAGUAAGGAAUAUGAGCCCAGUACUAUGGAACCCAGUGUUCAUGCAGAGUUGGAACCAACUACUCUGGGGCCGACUAUUAGUGCAGCCUUAGAGCCAAGUACCCUGGAACCUACUGUUAUCACAGACUUGUUACCAAGCACGUUAGGGCCCAGUCUUAGUGUAGAACUGGAGCCCAGCACUCUGGGACCUGCUAGUAGUAAUAUGGUGUUAGAGCCCAGCACUCUGGGACCUGCUGGUUGUAAUAUGGUGUUAGAGCCCAGCACUCUGGGACCUGCUAGUAGUAGUAUGGUGUUAGAGCCCAGCACUCUGGAACCUGCUAGUAGUAAUAUGGUGUUAGAGCCCAGCACUCUGGAACCUGCUAGUAGUAAUAUGGUGUUAGAGCCCAGCACUCUGGGACCUGCUAGUAGUUAUAUGGUGUUGGAGCCCAGCACUUUGGGACCUGCUAGUAGUAGUAUGGUGUUAGAGCCCAGCACUCUGGAACCUGCUAGUAGUAAUAUGGUGUUAGAGCCCAGCACUCUGGGACCUGCUUUCAGUGAAGAGUUAGAGACCAGUACUUUUGGGCCUGUUGUUGGCACUGAGUUGGAGACAUCUAUUUUUGGGCAGACUGUUACUGAAUCGUACAAACAGCCAAUGGCAGAGGGAAAUGGUGAGGACAUAGAGCAGUGCAUUGUGGGGGAGAGCACCAUGGAGGACUGUGAGAAUAGAAGUGCUGCAGAUGGGACAGAGUUGGAUUCAGAGCAGGGCCGUGUCCCCUUAGAGGAGUUUGAGGAGAGCAGCUCUAGGGAACUUACUGAUUCAGCCUCCACAGAGAACACUUUGGAGGACUCUGGAGACUUCCCUAGCCUCCCGCCGGUGGUUGGAGGAGGUGCUUCUGAUGUAUCCCCACCCACCAGUCCCAUCCACCGAGAUGAGGACAUCACUGCUGAGGGCUGGCGCACCAGGAGGAAACACGUCUUUGUACUGAGUGAGGCCGGGAAGCCCAUUUACUCUCGCUAUGGCAACGAGGAGGCUUUGUCCUCCACCAUGGGGGUCAUGAUGGCUUUGGUCAGCUUUGUACAGAGUGGGGAUAAUUGUAUCCGCUCCAUCUACUCAGAUAAUCAAAAGGUGGUGUUCCUGCAGGAGGGUCCCCUGGUGCUGGUGUCCGUAUCUCGCACCCCCCAGUCAGAGGAACAGCUGAGGCGGGAGCUGCAGUACGUCUAUUACCAGAUUAUCAGCAUGCUGACACAGGCCAGCGUGGCACGCAUCUUUGAGCGCAAGAAGAAUUAUGACCUGCGCCGGCUACUGGCCGGUUCUGAAAAGAUCCUGGACAGCCUGCUGGACAUGAUGGAGAUGGACCCGGGGGUUCUGCUUGGGGCAGUGCGUUGUGUGGCUAUUCCCACCACCUUGAGGGACUCGCUCAGUUCCAUUCUGACCAAGGCCAUCACACCCAACCUGGUGUUCUCCAUCUUGGUGGCCCAGCAGCAGCUAGUGACCGUGGUGCAGGAGAAAGCCGUCAUUGAGGAUUGUCGCCUAGAUCCUGCUGACCUCCAUCUCCUGCUCAACCUCAUAGGGGCUUCUUCUGCAUUUCAGGCGGGGGAGAUUUGGACACCCAUCUGCCUUCCUCGUUUCAACCCUGAUGGUUAUUUUUAUGCCUAUAUUUCCUACUUGGACCCACAAUGCACUGUGUGCUUGGUGCUGCUCUCCACCGAUAAGGAGUCCUUCUAUGCUGUGUCUGGCUGCAAGAGGAAGAUCCAAAGUGCCAUGGAAUCCCAGGGAUCCCUGCAAGCCCUGGCUGGGGCCAUGCGAUACUGCUCCUAUAGCGCCUCCCUGGUGGGAAUCCCAGAGCUACUGCACUUUGUUUAUAAGCCCCUGGAUGUACCGGAGACUUACCGGCAACUCCCUCAGUUCACCAGCCCAGAAGCUGACAGUCCUUACAGCAAUGAGCAGGAGAGACAGAGGUUAUUUGAUCUGUACCGCUACCUGCACUGUCGCAUGCACAACUCCUCCCGCCCCCUGCGCCUCAUCUACCAUGUGGCUGAGAAGGAGACCCUGCUGGCCUGGGUGACGAGCAAAUUUGAACUAUACACCGCAUUCAGCUCGUUGGUGACAAAGGUGGGGGCAAUUAAUGUCAUAACAAAACUUCUGCGCUGGAUUAAGAAGGAGGAAGACCGUCUUUUUAUCCGAUACCCACCAAAGUACUCCACCACCCCUGUCCCUGGGAAGGGGCCAAAGGCCAGCAGAACAGACAGAAACGAUCCUUCUCAGAAUGGAUUCUAUACAGGCCUUUAACAUGAAACUGGUCCAUAACUUUCUCUGGACACACAGGUUGUCGUAUGUUCAGGUUCCCUAAUACACUGCCCAUGUUCCCCACCAGAGUCUCACUCUACCCACUCAACCCCAGGCUCCACCUCUUUGUCAUAUAAGGGCCAAUCCAGGAUGACCGUAUCCCCCCUCAAACCAUUUAGGUGUCUUUUUGAUCUCAGAAUGUCUUCUGGGUUGCACAGCACCAAGAAGCAGGACAGCAGGCAAGGGUCCACAUGGCAUUUAGUUGGUGGAGUCAUAACAUGGCAACAAGGUCUUCUCGCUCCAUUUCAAUCAUCAAGUCAAAGAUUCGACCCACCGUCGCCUCACUCACCCGAACCUGCAUAAAGAGUUGCCAUUGGCAUCUGUCUGUGUUGGGAAGGCUUCAUUUUGCUCCAGAUGUUGUCAGAACUACAACUAUCAGAACCUUUCCCCAAAGGCAGCCUAAUGCACUGUAGGAAUGCUGGUGCUUGUAGUUCAGCAGCAGCAGGCGCAAACUUACAUGGUUACAGUCGAUAUAGUUCCCAUGUUUUUAACACCAUCUCUGCUGGGUUGUGGCUUUGCUGCAUCCAGAGAUCCAAAUAGGGGCGGGGAAUGUCCCACCUGCCAACAUACUCCAGUUGUUCCCGGGUCAGGACACAAGGAGUGGUUUAUUAAAGGGGCAGAGAGGGCAAAGGGGAAUUGGCCCACAUUGUGUUGGAUGUGUAAUACACCUGCUCCACUUGCAGGCUGUUUCUUUUUCCUACAGUUUGUGUGCUGCUAAAAUGUUAUAUUAGAUCAAUGGUUUGUCCUGCUGCAAACAACUCACUCAUGCUGUUUGCCAGAUGCCAUCCCAAAUUUUAUGUAGGAACAAGGGGGUAUUGGCAGCAGGAAUAACAUGUCUGGCUGAGCAUCUCACUUAUACAAACUGCUUACUAUAAAUUGUCAAAUAGAUUUACUUGAGAGCUUGGGGAGUCGCCUUCAUGCCAGCACCAGCUCCCCUUGAAUAUAUAUAUAUAUAUAAUAUUUCUACGUAAGUAACUGUCUUGUAUAUUGGCUUAAUAAUUACAGAUGGGGCUUAUUUUUGGAAAUGUAUUGUGUCCCCCAGGUCCUACCCUAUGUAUGUGUGUACAGGCAACAUUGUAAAUGAAUUUGCAGAGAAAAUAAAAGUGUGAAUUGACAGGAAAAUGAA